UCCGUGUAUCUCUUUAUAACUCGUAACAGCCCCUAUCUCUCCAAACUUCAGUCCUCAGACCUCGCUCCCAAGUCCCAUCUCUCUCUCUCUCUCUCUCUCUCUCUCUCUCUCAGUCAUGGAGUCGUCUUCCACGAAGCCGGCCAGAAGGUCGACGUGUUUCAUAGAAGAGGAUGACGGACUCGCCUCUCUCUCCGUCACGGAAGCCGCCGGCCACCGCCGCCGCCUCUUGUGCCGGGCCCUCUCCACCGCCUCUUCUCCCAGAUCUCUGAGAUUUGAGCAACCGCAGCCCCAUUUCUUGGAGGCGUGUUAUCUCUGCAGCAAACCCCUUCCCCACAACAAAGACAUCUUCAUGUACAGAGGGGACACUCCAUUCUGCAGCGAAGAGUGCAGAAGGGAACAGAUAGGCAUAGACGAAGCCAAGGAGAAGAAGUGGAACCUCUCAGACUCCAUGAGAGCUCUGAGGAAAAACCAGAAGAAUUCGCAGCGUAACUCCUCUCCAACCAAGGCCCAAGACUACCCUCUCCAAACAGGAGCUGUCGCAGCCGCCUAAUCACGACCAAAACCAGAAUCUGAGCUCCAUUACAGAGACGAAGACGAAGGCGAAGACGGAGAGGAAGAAAAUUUUGAAUAUAUAUACAAAUGUAAAUGGUUAUACGAGGGUUGCUUGCUUGCUUGCUUGCUUUUGGCUUGUGUUGGAGUUGGUGGUGUUUAUGAAACUGCUUCUGUUUCUUCAUCAUCAUCAUCUUCUUCUUCUUCUUCUUAUUCUCUGGGGUGGGUGUUGUGGCCACGGCAGUGAGAGAAUGUAACUGGCUCUAAUACAGGAAAAUUUCUUCCACUUUCUUGCGAUUUG